AACGCUACCUGCCAAUCACCGCGUGCACGAGGACACGCUUCUUUCUUUCCCCAUCUAACUUUGGAACGUUGGUGCGCGCGCGACGUUCCUUCUAACGUUUCGCACGUGCUCAGUAAGAGACUUAACGGAUUCUAUAUUUUAAUUAGCGCGUCUUUUAACGCGUCUCAUCUCGUGUCUUUCUUCUACCGCCGUUUUUCUUCUUGUUUUCCCACUUUAACGUUAUUUUGACGUCACACCGGUACCGGCUCCGUGCGGCUCGGUGUAGAUGUGUUUUCAAACUGGAUAUUAGCUUGUUUUCCGUCCCGGGUCGAGCCGGACCGGACCGGACCGGGCCACAGUGAGAUAGCUGAUUAACAAAGCGGGCUGAGCUGGAUCCCGGAUCAAUGGAGAUGGUGACCCGGGUCAGCCUGGUUCUGCUGUCCUGGUUCUGUAUGUGGACUCAGGGACACAGAGACUUACCGGACUAUGACAGCUGGGUGGACCGGGCCGCGUUGUCCAACGGUCUCUGUCGCUAUGGCAACAGCGUGGAGUGUUGCUGGGGCUGGAGACAGAUGGACUGGGGACGCUGUCAACCUCACUGUCAGCAGGGUUGUAAACAUGGAGAGUGUGUCGCACCAGACAGAUGCAAAUGUCACCCAGGAUACACCGGCAAGGCCUGUAACCAAGACCUGAAUGAGUGCGGUGUGAAGCCUCGGCCCUGUAAGCAUCGCUGCAUGAACACGCUGGGCAGCUACAAGUGUUACUGCAUGGACGGAUACACGGCGCAGCCGGACGGCAGCUGCAGGAAUGCUCGAACCUGUUACCAUGCCAACUGUCAGUACGGCUGUGAGGUCAUCAAGGGGGCAGUCCGAUGCACCUGUCCGUCUCCAGGGUUACGGCUGGGACCAGACAGACGCACCUGUAUUGACAUCAAUGAGUGUGUGUCAGGCGGAGGUGUGUGUCCUCAUCGCAGGAAGUGCGUGAACACGUUUGGGAGCUUCGUGUGUAAAUGUCACUUCGGCUUCAAACUCACGUACAUCAACGGACGGUACACCUGCAUCGAUAAGGACACUCGGCCGUUCUGUUCUCUGAAUCCUUCCUCUCCCAAGUGCAGGUGUAAAGGCGGCAGCUGUAAAGGUGUCCCCAAAGUGACUCUGGGGCCACAGAGACCGAGAACUACAACUCCCAUCACCACCUCCACAGCUGCUACCCCUCCUCCUCUCACUACUACUACUACUACUACUACUACAGCUCAGCCAACCACCACGACAACCACCACCACAAUAGCAACAACCACACCGACAACUUCCACUACUACCACAACAACUCCACUUCCUGCUACAACCACCACUGCAAGUACAACUACUUCUACCGCUCUGCCUACUACAACUGAACUGGAUACUACAACUCCAACAAUACCUACUACUUCAAGUACACAACCUACUUCUACUGCUACACCUGUUACUACUACUACUACUACUCCUCCCACGACUACUUCAAGUACACAACCUACUUCUACUGCUACACCUGUUACUACUACUACUACUCCUCCCACGACUACUUCAAGUACAACACCUGCUACUUCCACAACUGCUAGUAUGACUACUUCUACCCUGGAUACUUCAACUGCUGCCGCUACUACUGUUACUACUACCACGCCAACUACAACUGCAACUACUGUUGCAGUGGAGCCAACAACAGCCACCACAGUUGCCACCACCACAUCCGUGGUAACGACAGUGAACAACAGGAUCAAUAAGGACGUGACACACAGACAGAGAGGAGACGUGCACAUCCCUCGACAUCCCAAUCAUAACCAGGUGUGGGAGUUUGACAUUGAGCUGGGAAAUACUGCUGAGGACGCCAGAGAUGAUCCUGAGGUUGGUGUGCUCCACUGCACCUUUGAUCAUGGAUUGUGUGACUGGAUGUCAGACAGAGAAGGAGAUCUACACUGGGAAGCAGCUCGCAACCCUGCAGGUGGGCAGUACUUGUCCGUUCCAGAGUUGAAAGCGGGACAAAGGAGCAUCCGCGGUGCUAGAUUAGCCAUCCAAAUAGUCCCGCCGUGGAGCCAUGGCGACCUAUGUUUCUCCUUCUCCCAUUGGCUGACAGGACAUCAUGUGGGCGUGCUGCAACUGUUCAUCAGGAAAAAGGGACGAGACCAAAGGUACGGCUCUGCCCUCUGGAGCAGGACAGGUGGACAUGGCUGGAGACACACACAGGUGACCUUGACGACACACUAUCUGGACAAGGUGUUGUUGAAGGCCGAGCGGAGGAAAGGACGGCGAGGACAAAUUGCUGUUGAUGAUGUCACUCUGAGACAGGGGGCAUGUCGAUGACAUCACGGCGGUAUGAGGACACUGAGCAGUCGUCGCACAGUGGACGGUUUUUCGUUUAACACUGAACUUUAAACUGAAUUGAAUAUAAAAAUAAUUCAAAGGACUGUGGUGCUGUUUUUUUCCUGUUUAAUAGAAACUAUCUUUAAAAUAAUAAACUGUUUGUCAUGAAUUUCCUGCCUUAUUUGUUGAACUGUCUGUUUUGGAGAUAAAGAAAGAAACUUUUGAAUUUUUGUUUUUGUUGUAGUUCGUGUUGAAGUAGCGGGAGCUUUAACUGAAGCCCCGACAGACUGACUAAAUGAACACCAGCAGUGUGUGUGUGUGUCAUUAUUUCCUCUGCAGAUCAAAGUGGGUUCAAACUGAACACUUGGUCAAACAUUCACUGCAAACUGAACUUUGUUUCUGUGUUAAAUAUUCUCAAGAUUUUUACUUUUUAACCUGAACACGAGGUUGGUUUGGUUUGUUUGGUUCUUUUGUUUGUAGUGAGAAGAAUCGAUGCUCAGGGAGCCGACUGGUCUGAAAACAUGGAGACUAAUAAAACUAGUCACUAAAAUCAGCUUCAAACUUAAUUUGAGAUCUGGAAUCAUUGUUAUUGUAAUAUUCUGUAUAUCUGCUCUUAAUGAACUUUUUAAGACUUUUUUACUUGUGUAAAUAUUUUUUGAAAGACCAGAUGAGUCAUAUUGUCAUAACUUUCAUAUAUAUGGUCAGUUUAUCAGGUUUUGUAAAUAUAUGUCUUGUGUAUUGACACAUAUCGUUUGUAUUGAAAAAGUUGUUAAUUAAUUUGUGAUAUUUUAAAUAAAGUACCUGCCUCUUUUUCA